AUGGAAAGAAGAGAAAUAUUCCAGGACGCUACCGCUGAUACUAAGACGGUAGACGCUAAGACCGCGACACAGCAACACGUCCAACGAGACGAGCAAUCCCAAAGACUAGAGACUCAUACGAGUAAUACCCCCGGCGCGACUGCCGAAAACGAAGCCAAUGCAUAUCGCGACGCCCUACGAGGCGCUCCAGUGUUUAGCCGCCUGGAAAUCGAAAUGGAUCUUUUAUCCGAGGGCAGAAUCAGAGUUGGAGGCGACGUCCCAGAGGGGCAGGCCAACGGCCCCGCCGACCCCUGCCACAGCAGCAACGCCUCGAGCACCGCGCCUCGCCACAGCAGUACCAUCCUCGAGACGGCCGAGGAAGAGGAGCAGUCUCGUAACGGAAAGCCCAAGCCCUGCCGCAGCGUUGGGCGACUCGGAAAGCAGUCCUUCUUCACCAGUUCGCCGUCGCCGUCGCCGGAGUCGCUCUCCUUCUCUUGGGAACUAGUGGCUAAAGCAGGUGCUUCAGAACCCAACGGGUCAGAAAGAAACCAGGAGGAAAGCCAGGAGGAGGGCCAUUCCAUGUCGAUAAUCGGCCGUCUGCCGGUAGAGCUCCACCUCGCCAUCAUGAAGCGGAUGAACCCCGAAGAGAUCCAGCCGUGGAUCCGAGCAAACCCUGAUGCAUUCAGAGAGCAGAGCAAGCGUCGACACAACAACAGCAGCACCGCACACUUGCUUGCUACAGAAUACACCAUGCCACUUGACGAGGCAAAGUGGGCAGAAAUUGGUGCGAGGGUGACGGCCGCCGUGGAGAGAUGCCAACAGCGCAAAUGGGCAGGCGAGGAGUCCAACCGGCUUGCCCAGAGGAUUCGAUCCCAAUGGGAGGACUUGAAAAAGGAAUCGGCCAGAGUCAACGAACUCUACGCGGACUUGGAGAUCAGAGAGACGACCCUUGCUAAAGAAAGACAGAUGACAGCAGCGGCCAUGGAACAUUCGUUGAAGCUGUUCAGCGACGACAUGACUGAUAUGUUUAAGCCAUUCACCGACGACAUGACGAGUGUUGUCAAACGGAUCAACGAUCUCAACAUUGAAAACUCGCUCGCCGCUGCAGUAGAAGAUGCCAUAGACAACUUUAGGAUUACGACGUACGACAAUACAAGAGAUAUCGUAGAGCAGGAAGUCAACUUGGCCAACGACAGCGUGAUGGAGCUUAUGCAAUCCACGAAAAAGGAUAACAAGAUUUUUUCAAUGUCAUUUGGUUCAAUGAUCAAGCAACUCUCAGAGAUCCAGUCAACGAACUUUGACAUCAAGGUCAACGUAGGAAAGCUCUUGCAGGGCGGCCGCCUGCUGGAAACUCUCGAAAAGGACUUCAGUCACCUGUAUGUGACCAUCAACCAGAGUCAGACGGGAUUGAGCAACGUGGCCCGCGGUCUCGAGGCUCUUCCCAAGAACGCCGACAUCGAUGCUCUGGGGACUGCGGUCGUCGAAGUAUCCGGCUUGGUGAAGAGAAAGCUGGGGGAUGGACUGGAGUCCAUGGCCAACGGCCUAGAGGACUUUAUCGAAAAGAUGAUGCAGAGGCAACUUGUAAAGAGCGAGAGCGACAGGUCAAGCAUCAUGGGUUCGGUAGACGAACUUGCGGCAGAGACGGAGACCAACAUGACAAGAGUACUCGAUAUCACAGAGGACUCAAACAGCCACGUCACCCAAAUUCUGUCGGUGCUCGUCGUCCUUCAAGAUCAGCUAUCCGGUAUAUGUACCGACAUGAAUACCCAACGGGACAAGAACCAACUCGAUCACACGAAGCUACAGGACGGAGAGGACACGAACCUCAAGCUCCUCCAGGGCCUCGUCCGAUCGCUUGAGGACGUUGGCAGCAAAAUCACCGAAACGACGACCAACACGUCACCUCUGAACCAGAGAAUGGCAAAGUUCGAGGAGAUACUAGGGACCUUACCAGAUCUCUUGAAACUACAAGCGGCCAGCUCAUGGGCCGAGGGCGAGAUCUCUCGCUUGAAGGCAGAUUUAAAUGGACACAAGAUGCGAGAGGAUUCCUUAUGGACUCGCGGAGAGGAGAUUGAAGAGAAGGCAGCCGCCGUCGCCUCUACGAAGGCCGAGAACAUGCAGCUUCGGUCCAAAGUUGGGGACCUGGAGCGUGCUCUCAGGGAAUGGGAGGCCAUGCUCGCGGUGUCUCAACGAGACGCUGCCAUAGCGGAGCGGGACGAGGCCAAUGAAGCUCUCAAGGGUCACGACGAGGUCGCAAUAAGAUUACAGACAGCUGUUUCCCAACGAGACGAUGCCAACAGCAAGUUCAAUCAAGUAACUUGUCAGAUAAAAGAGGUCGCCAAUGAGAACAGCAAAACGGUGUCUCAACGUGACGCUGCCAUAGCGGAACUCAACAAGGCCAACGAAGCUCUCAAGGGACACGACGAGGUCGUGAGAAGGUUACAGAGAGCUAUUUCCCAACGGGAUGAAGCAAACGCCAAACUGGACGAGGGGAUCUCUGAGAAGAAGGACCAGUCUGACGCACACAAGAAGGAGCUGGACCGACUGACUGGGGAGCGCGAUGGACUGUCGGAUGAGAACGGCAGGCUACGAGAGCAACUGUCUGCACUUGAACGAGAGAAGGAACUCUUUCACAAGGAGCUUGACGAAGGGAAGCAAGCACACGCCUCUACCCUUGCCGAAAUUCUCAGAGUGGUGAACAACGUUUACUCGGGCCAAGAGAAGGAUAGGCCGAAGCUGGACUUUGUUACCAGUAGGCACGCCGGUCCUGGAACCCAGGAAGAAGAAGGAGACCCAGGCACCGUGGGCUUGAAGAGGAGGCGCGGUCUUCCCGGCGCCGCGGAGCAGUCGUCCGAGGACGAGCUCGCCGACACGUUGGCAGAGCGCAUCAAGGCUUUUGGCUUCCUCGACGACGACGACAUCCACAACACGUGGAGCACUUUUAUCAGGUUAUUUGUGCCGAUGGCUAUAGAUCAGCUCGAUGAAGAAAAGAGAAGAUGCGGGUACCACGCAGUCGGCGAGGGGAUUUGCUGGAUUGCCCGGUGCACAGAGCUGGGUGGCAAGAAGCGUUUCAUAAUGGGCAAACGGAGCACUACCGUGGGGACCUGGAAGGCCGAACACGGCGCCCUGGCAAGGCCAAUUGCCCUUUUAGGGCGAAACAAUCAGAUUUCAAACUUGCGGCAUUUGCGGGCCCUAGCCAUCGCCAAUAAAGCCGACCUACAGGCCAUACGUUCCGGAGUGGACGACUUGGCAAGACAGCAUGGUUUCGACCGGCACAACGUGCCCAUGGUUAACAGACAGCCCGACACGACAGGCAGCCACUCAAUUAAGGAGAUUAAAGAAACCUCUCAAGCUUUGGUGGAGGAACGUGGCAGAUUUGUGAAGAUGAAGAGUGCAAUGGAGACGAGGGCCGGGAGUAUCGACAAGGACGACUUUGUGGCACGGUUGACAUCUUUGAUUGUACAACUGGUCACCGACAAGCAAGUACCGACAUUGCCGGACGGCCCGGAAGCGCUAGCAGAGUGGAUGGCAGAGUUGCAUCGCAAGCUGCCACGAAGUCUCGUCAACGACGCACGCGAUCCCUUGGAAGGAAGCCAGAUAGCCGAGAUUGACCGACUGGGAGGCCGACUCCUGAGCGAAGGCGAUGAGUUGAUCCGGCUCAAGGGACAGCUACGGGAAAGGAAGGACGCGGAUGCUACUUUGGACGAUGCUCAUGCCAAAGCAAGGGAGGAAUGGGAGGAGAAGAUGGCAAGCAAGGAGAAAGAGCUUGCUGCCAUGGCAGAGAAGGCAGCAACGCUGCAGAGGUCUGUCGAAGCAGUCGAGAAAGAACUACAAGUGGCAUGUUCCCAGUUCAAGUCACAGGAAGAGUCGGAAAGCGAGGAGGCAACCCCAUGGGAUGCGGCCUGUCAAAAACAACUUGAGGAGGCCGAGACCGAACUGGCAUCGCACGCGGACACGAUCCAGAAUCUCCGCCGAAAGCUCCAACGGCUGGAAGAAUCGUCAACGGAGACCGAUGCGAGAUUAGAAACAGAGAAGCACCUACGAGAGAGCUCAGAACAGCGAGAGGCCACAGCAGAGGCAUCCAAGGAAUCAAUCGUCGAAAACCACCGAGUUGAGGUAGGAAAGCUCAAGACAGAGCUCGAGGCACAAAGGAAGGCAGCCCACGAAGCAUGCUGCAAGAUAUUUAGACUAGAGGUGAAAAUAACCAACGACACCAUCAAAUUUAAUUACUUGAUGGAAAAGGGGGGGCGCGAGAGCGCAGCAAUGGCUGCUCAGCUCGAAACGGCCAACGGCCAGACGCAACAAUUCGGCGGAGAGCUACAGGAGGUGAAGAGUGAGUUGGAGAAGCAAAGGCAAAGAGCAGUCGUCCUGCAAAACCGAAUGGUCUCGGCCGGCGCAGAAACAGAGAAGGCCAAGGACGACAUACAGGAGCUACAGCAGUCCAAGUCGGCACUAGAGGCAACGGUCAAGUCUCUCACAGGCGACAAGCUUGAGGCGUCAAAGACGACGGAGGUCUUGAGAGCCGACCUCGACACGGAGAGAGUCAAGGUCGGCGAACUGACAUCGAGUUUGAACGAGAUCAAGACGUCAUAUACUGAUAGCGAGCGGCUUCUACGAAAGUGCCAGGACGAGUUGGCAACAAGCCGAGAGGUGAAUGACAUGCUUACGAAUAAGAUGAGCGAAAAUCUCAGACAGUCCCACGAGAAAGUCAUGGAACGAGAGAAUGAGAUGGAGGAAGCAGCAACGGCCUUGCGAGAGACGAUCAGCUCGCUCAAAGGGAAGAUCAACGACCUGAAGACCGCGGAAACGAAUAACAAACACAAAAUCAGCAAUCUCGAGACUGACUUCAGAGGACUCAAGGUCACAGAGACCGAGGACAAGCAGAAGAUCCGCACGCUUGAGGGCCAGGUCAACGACCUAGAGGCUACAGUGUCCGUCAAACGACAGACGAUCCAAACGCUCGAGGCACGCGUCAGCGAAUUGCAGACCGCAGGGGCUGAGGACAGGCAAACGAUCCACGUGCUAGAGGGACGGGUCAACGACCUACAGGCCAUAAAGACUGAGGACAGGCAGAAAAUUCUCGCGCUCGAGGGACAGGCCAGCAACCUACGGGCCGCAGAGACUGACAAGCAGCAGACUAUCCAUGCACUCGAGGGACAGGUCAGCAUCCUACGGGCCGCAGAGACUGACAAGCAGCAGACUAUCCAUGCACUCGAGGGACAGGUCAACGACCUACAGGCCACAGAGACUGACAAACAGCAGACAAUCCGCGCGCUCGAGGGACAGGUCAACGGCCUACAGGCCACAAAGACCAACAAGCAGCAGACGAUCAACGAACUCGAGGGACGGUACAAUGCCCUGGAAGAUACCCACUCCAUCACGAAGGCGCGACUAUCCGACUUCCUUCGCGAGGCAGGCCCUGGCUUAUCUAGCGCAAUUGUCGCCGGCGGAUCGGAAAGCACAGUGGUGGAAUACGAACCAUUGCUGAUCUGCCAGACCUGGAACGGCAACGCCGUUGAGCCAGACCUCUCGGCGCAAAGCAUGGUCAGCAUCGUUGCUGCCAUCUUUUGCGUCUUUGACAAACCGGCAUGGGACGACUGCUACGUCGGCGCCCUGAUGCGACGACUCACGGAAUGUCUGGGGGAGGUCAGCAUCGUCUACCCCCAAGUGAUGAGACAGCUGGUCGAAAGAUGCACUGAACGCAUCGCCGAGUCGAGCCUGCAAGACUUGGCUCCGGCACCCGACAGCAUACUUGCCGAGAUGAAGGCUCACUGCUCAGACGCCGUGCCCAAACUGUGGCGGGAUGUGACAGAGAUGGCGCCACUUCUCGAAGUCGAGGACGAAUCUGUGAGAACGUGGACUCGCCAUCGUGGAAUGACUCUACGCCUCGACAACGUCGAUGUGAUCAAGGCCAGUGCAUGGGAAAAGGCAAUUGUUUGGCUGCGCGGCUCGAGACGCUUUUGGUUCGUCGAGGCCAACGGCGUCAAAGCCUUGGGGUACAAUGAGGGCCUCAUGGCCCCAACGGGGUUAGAUCAAGACAAUAUCAUCCUCGACAUGACCCGCGGCGUAUGCUGGGAUUGGUGGGUAUGGGCGGGUUGGGUGUCGGGUGAUGGAGAUGAGGUAGCAUAA